GAAUAUAGCACGCCCUCACACGAAUCGUUGUAAUGACGCUAACGGCGCCAUAUUUCGGAAUAGCGGCGUUCGUUGUUGUUCACACAAUUUUUUAGAGGAUAGCAUUUAGUUAUCUUCGCUCAUCAUGAAACUCGUUAGAUUUUUAAUGAAAUUGAGCCAUGAAACUGUGACAGUGGAGUUGAAAAAUGGAACACAAGUACAUGGAACAAUAACAGGCGUGGAUGUUGCAAUGAACACCCAUCUAAAAUCCGUCAAAAUGACAGUGAAAGGAAGGGAACCUGUUCAGAUAGAUACCUUGGUUGUUAGGGGCAACAACAUCCGAUACUUCAUCCUCCCAGAUAGUCUACCACUUGACACGUUAUUGGUGGAUGAUACACCAAAAGCCAGAGCAAAGAAAAAGGAAGCUGCCGUUGGACGAGGCAGAGGUCGAGGAAGUAGAGGCCGAGGUGGUGGACGUGGUGGUGGACGAGGACGAGGAAGGGGCGGCGGAGGAGGUGGUGGAGGAAGACGAUAAAAUAGUAAACAUGGACAGUGAAUAGUGAUUAGUGAGAAAAAAAAAAGUUUUGAAAGACGAAAUGUUAACCAUUGAUUGAAAUUAAACAUAAAUGGUUUAAA